UUGCUGCUGCCUUGGCGGAAAGGCGUGGAUUCGGGAUUUCAGUCUACAACUUCAUUUCCCGCGCCGCAACCGCAGCGACACCUGGAUGAAGAGACUCCCGCGCAUGCAGAUGUCAUCGCUCCCAGCAUCAGCAGGUCGCCGAGACGCAUCUUGCCGAGUUCUAGUGCAGCAGCAGUUCGGGAACAUGCAGGCACUACCAUCAGGGCACCGACCCCCUAUGCCAUUCCUGUACCACUGCCUCACCGCCCUGCGCCUCCACCUCCGACCACCAGUGGUCAGCACUUGUUGAAUAAGGGAGCCACCACGAAUACCCGACCCAAGUCAGCUGUGUACCAGACUGGUGCGACAUCUGGUGCAGUGGUUGUUGUGACUGCCCUGACUGCGGGGGCCAUUGCCGGGAAUAAUCAGGCCUUAGGGGCAAGACUCGCAUGUGCUGGCCCUCAGUAUCAACAGUCUGAGUCAGAAUUCAACUCACGGAAUCGUCUUCAUCAUCAUCAUUAUAAUGAUACUCUUCAGAAUCAGCAAGGUCGGCAACCACACCAAGAAACCAGCAGCAAUGGAUUCCUCAAAGGUCCAGCUUCUGCAGAUCAAACUGAGGGCACUCUUUUGCAAAAGUUCAAGAAGACUUUCUCCUGGAGGUUUUCCAAUUCCAACAACAAUGUUCCACCGUCUGGACGCCAUCCAUGGGAUUCUACGAAUAGGACUGAUUGGCGUCGCUGCUCGUCAUCAGCAGCAGCAGGAUGUGCAAAUGCAGCAUUUGACGACGAGGUUCAACAUCGUCGCCAGCAGCAGCAGCAACAAUCGACAUCAAUUAGUGCCUUGAGUAAGAGGCUGAGUGGAGACAGCGGCAUCAUGAUGAUGUGCGACGCUGUGCCAACUGACGUUCAGGCAAAGAAUCGACAGAGUCAGUCGACUUUGACUGGAGCGUAUUCGUUGGCCAACAACAACAACAACAACAAGUGUGUUUCUGGGCUCUGUCAGCAUGCUGCUGACCACCAUCUUUGCUCGAGGUGGUACAUUGGUGGGAAU